AUGGUGGCACUCUCCAUGGCUGACGGCUAUGCCCGACUGACUGGCAAGCCGCAAGCAGUUAUCGUCCAUGUCGAUGUCGGCACACAAGGCCUGGGAGCAGCCGUCCACAAUGCCUCGUGCGGGCGCGCCCCGGUGUUGAUCUUUGCCGGUCUAUCGCCCUACACGAUCGAGGGUGAGAUGCGAGGCUCUCGUACAGAGUAUAUCCACUGGAUCCAAGAUGUGCCGGAUCAAAAGCAGAUCGUCUCCCAGUAUUGCCGGUACACGGGGGAGAUCAAGUCGGGCAAGAACGUUAAGCAGAUCGUCAAUAGGGCUUUGCAGUUCGCGACUAGUGACCCACAGGGACCUGUGUAUCUGGUUGGGGCACGAGAGGUCAUGGAAGAGGAUAUCGAGCCGUAUCAGCUCAACCAGGCUGUUUGGGGUCCGGUGUCUCCGGCUGCUCUGCCAACAUCUGGCGUUGAAUUGAUUACGUCUGAGCUUGCGGCUGCGAAGAGGCCAUUGGUUAUUGCCGGGUAUUCCGGUAGGAAGGCCCAGGCUGUGACUGAGCUGGUUAACCUGGCGAAUAACUUUAAGGGAGUCCGAGUGCUGGAUACCGGUGGUAGUGAUAUGUGCUUCCCGGCUGACCACCCGGCAUGGCUUGGAUUAAGGUAUCCAGGCCAUGAGUUGAUUAGCACGGCCGAUUUGAUCCUUGUGAUUGACUGUGAUGUUCCUUGGGUGCCAACGCAGUUCAAGCCUUCCGCAUCGGCCAACAUUAUUCACAUUGAUGUCGAUCCAUUGAAGCAACAGAUUCCAGUCUUCUACAUUAACUCAAUGGCUACGUUCCGCGCCGACUCUUCCAUCGCACUGAAGCAGAUCAAUGAUUAUGUUGCUUCGCAGGCAUCUCUGCAGCAAUUUACUGGUUCUAAGGAGAACAUCGCCAUGGGAGAACGUCGAAAUGAAGAUUAUGCGAAACGCCGGCAGGAAAUCUCCGAUCUUGCUGUGGCCCCGAAGGGCGGCGACAGCGCCCCGCUGAAUAUCAAUUAUCUCAUGGCGCAGGUCCGCCAAGGUGUCCCGAUUGAUACGAUCUGGGCGAUCGAAGCCGUGACGUUGAGCCACUUUGUCGCCGAUCAAGUUUCAGCCACGCUACCACAAUCAUGGAUCAACUGCGGAGGUGGCGGUCUUGGGUGGUCUGGCGGCGGUGCACUUGGCAUCAAGCUUGCGAGCGACGUGCAGCACGGUGGACCUGGGAAGGGCAAGUUCGUGUGCCAGGUCGUUGGCGAUGGAACAUUUUUGUUCUCGGUGCCUGGGUCUGUAUAUUGGAUUGCCCGUCGCUACGGAAUUCCCGUUUUGACUAUCGUCUUGAACAACAAGGGCUGGAAUGCCCCUCGGCGAAGCAUGUUGCUUGUUCAUCCCGAAGGUGAUGGAUCCCGUGCUACGAACGAGGAUCUCAAUAUCUCCUUUGCGCCCACACCUGACUAUGCUGGUAUUGCCAAGGCUGCGGCGGGUGGUGAGUUGUGGGCCGGGCGGGCCUCGAGUGUCUCCGAGCUUGCACAGAAGCUCCCGGAGGCUAUCCAGAGUGUUCUGAGUGGAAAGGCGGCGGUGUUGGAAGCGCAGCUCGAUGGGACUACAGGUAAAUAUGUGGGGAGUUCGUGA